ACGGCGCCACCGCUCGAAAGGAACCGGUGGCAGCUUGGUUCCUGCGCGGAUGCUGGGGCUGUAGGCGCCGAGCUUUCAGCUGGUUGCAGCUCCCAGGGAGGAAGACGCCGGGGCUCGCCUUCCCUACGCUGCCUCCGCCAUUGCCAUGAUUCCGGUGUCGCUGGUGGUAGUGGUGGUGGGCGGCUGGACUGCCGUCUACCUGACCGACUUGGUGCUGAAGUCAUCUGUGUAUUUUAAGCAUUCUUAUGAAGACUGGUUGGAAAACAAUGGAUUGAGCAUCUCCCCAUUUCACAUAAGGUGGCAAACUGCUGUUUUCAAUCGUGCCUUUUACAGUUGGGGACGGCGGAAAGCGAGGAUGCUUUACCAGUGGUUCAAUUUUGGAAUGGUGUUUGGCGUAAUUGCUAUGUUCAGCUCUUUUUUUCUCCUGGGGAAAACGCUGAUGCAGACUUUGGCACAAAUGAUGGCUGACUCACCCUCUUCUUAUUCUUCUUCCUCUUCUUCCUCUUCCUCUUCUUCCUCUUCCUCUUCUUCCUCUUCUUCCUCUUCAUCAUCUUCCUCUUCCUCCUCUUCUUCCUCCUCCUCCUCACUUCACAAUGAACAAGUGCUACAAGUUGUGGUUCCUGGUAUCAAUUUACCUGUCAACCAACUGACCUAUUUCUUCGCUGCAGUUCUCAUUAGUGGUGUUGUACAUGAAAUUGGACAUGGGAUAGCAGCUAUUAGGGAACAAGUUCGAUUUAAUGGCUUUGGGAUCUUUCUCUUCAUUAUUUAUCCUGGAGCAUUUGUUGAUCUGUUCACCACUCAUUUGCAACUUAUAUCACCGGUCCAGCAGCUAAGGAUAUUCUGUGCAGGUAUCUGGCAUAAUUUCAUCCUUGCACUCCUAGGUAUUUUAGCUCUCGUGCUCCUCCCUGUAAUUCUCUUGCCGUUUUACUACACUGGAGUUGGGGUGCUCAUCACUGAAGUUGCUGAGGACUCACCUGCCAUUGGACCCAGAGGCCUUUUUGUGGGAGACCUUGUCACCCAUCUACAGGAUUGUCCUGUUACUAAUGUACAAGAUUGGAAUGAAUGUCUAGAUACCAUCGCCUAUGAGCCCCAAAUUGGUUACUGUAUUAGUGCAUCAACUUUACAGCAGUUAAGCUUCCCAGUUAGAGCAUACAAACGGCUAGAUGGUUCGACUGAAUGUUGUAACAAUCACAGCCUCACAGAUGUGUGCUUUUCCUACAGAAAUAACUUUAAUAAGCGUUUGCAUACAUGCCUACCCGCCCGGAAAGCAGUUGAAGCCACACAAGUUUGUAGAACCAAUAAAGAUUGUAAAAAAAGUUCAAGUUCCAGUUUCUGUAUAAUACCUUCUUUGGAAACUCAUACUCGCUUAAUAAAAGUGAAACAUCCUCCUCAAAUUGAUAUGUUGUAUGUAGGCCAUCCACUGCAUCUUCAUUACACAGUGAGCAUCACCAGUUUUAUCCCACGCUUCAACUUUCUAAGCAUAGAUCUGCCUGUGGUUGUGGAGACAUUUGUCAAGUACCUGAUUUCCCUCUCAGGAGCUCUGGCUAUUGUUAAUGCAGUGCCCUGCUUUGCUUUGGAUGGUCAGUGGAUUUUAAACUCUUUCCUAGAUGCCACCCUUACCUCAGUGAUUGGAGACAAUGAUGUCAAAGAUCUGAUAGGAUUUUUCAUCUUGCUUGGUGGCAGUGUACUUUUGGCUGCCAACGUGACCCUGGGACUCUGGAUGGUUACGGCACGGUAAUAUUUGCAUUCAUCUGGCAGAAUGAUCCUUGGUAUGAAAUAUAAAGUGUUUCCUUAAAAUUACAUUUUAACUAACAACUUUAAGCUCCUCAUGUAUCAGAAUAUCCAAACUCUGGGAUGGAGGAUAAACAGAAGAAAUGAAAGGCAUAGUCUCUGACUACAUUCUGAUUUUAAAGAUUGAACUUAACAAAUUUCAGAUGCUUGUGGAACAAUUUCUAAACAAGUGAAAAUUCAUGUUAAACCAUUUUGUGCAACUCCAGAUCAUGUUGCAGUAGUGUAAAGGAGAACAGAAUUAGGUGGAAUUAAUUGGGGCAAACUUUUUGAAAAAACAUCAUGAAUCCAGAUUUGAAGAAGACCAGAAUCUGGCCAAGUGGAAGGGAGAUGCUGCUGGACCACAUGCCACCAGUCCCACUCCUGAAGCAGAAUGUUCAAGGAGUGUGUCCGAAAAGCAGAAGCUGGCUGCUCCAAGGAAGAAAGGCUAUGCUUCAACCAGCCUCGCUCUACUUGAAGAAAGGGCUCUCCCAGAAGAGAGGCAACCUGAAGGAUUCACCCAAGUGUUUCUGAGCCAGGACCUCUAGCACACUUUGGACAGUGGUGGCAUAAAAUAAUUGGAGGCAACCUGAAAAGCUAUUGGAGCUGUGGAGACCAUAUUGCAGCCAUUAAGCAGUAGAGAAAAGCAAACAUGCUGAGAACGGCAACAUAUGGGAAUGGAAAGAGCCUGGGUCACUGACAGCACUGUUUAGCUCAGGAUGACCAUCUACCUCUAAGCUUGUUAGUACAGCUAGAGGGUCUUGAAGGGCAGAGGAAAUUCUUUCUCCCCAACGGUUGGCACAUUUCGCAGUAUACUUUCUACUCGCUGGACACCUCUUGACCUGACAUUGCUGCAGUUGAGAGAUCCUUGGGACAAUGACAUUCAGCUGGCAGCAGGUGAAAUUUCUUACCAGGUGAAAUUCCAGCCUCCUGGAAUGUCUGUGUGUGGAGGCAAAUGGAGCCAGAGUGGCCCAACUUUGAGAACACAGCUGCAUCACUGUCUCCUGAAAUGGGUUUAACUGAACUGACUUAUUGCAAGGACUGGUCCACCAAGACAGAAUGAUCUACCUGCUCAACUUUUAUACGUGAAGCUUAAGGGAAGUGUCAGAGGAGGGAACUACAGGGGCCAAGGGCAGUACGCUCCAAGAUGGCCCACUCUGGCAUGAACAUUAUUUCGAGUCAAAAGCAAUCAAAACCCAGCAGGUUACAGAGCCCCUGUGAGCGUGAGCUCAUCACAUGGCUGCCCACCAAGAUACUACAUUUCUCAGUCUCCCUUGAAGGUAUCCACAAUUACUGAAGCUGAGAUCAAGGAACUGACACAGGGCAUUGGCCGAAAUCUUCCACCCAGAAGCCCAACUCCUCCCAGGAUGAGGCAGAUUCUCAGAGCCUGACAGAGGGAGGUCAUGGGACUGGUUGUGUCAAGGGGAAGAAGCUGAAAAUGGAGCCAAAGAAGAUUUUAAAGUCAGAGCUGUGUCAACAUGCAUAAAUUCACUUGCUUUGAAGAAGCUGCAAUGGGAUUCAGGAACCGGUAGUUACUGUUGCCGAGCAGUGUGACUCCGAGUUUAUAAAAGCUCUGCUGCAGACGUCCAAGUUGGCCUGACUACGAAGAAGCAGGUGGACUCAUGUGAAGGAACACACCUGGAGCCGAACAAGCGGUUCUCCUCUCCUGGCAGCGACGGACAGCGUGCAUCACGGGGAGCCGCGUCGGACAGGACCCCGGUGGGAGGGGCUUUAGGGGAGUGUUUAAGGAAGCCAGGUGAUCUCUGGAUUGGAUGCUGGCUGGAAGUGAGGGAUUUCCACGGUAGGGGGUCUUCAUGCAUCUUCCCGAGAAGCAGGGAAGACCAGAGAAAGGCUGUGAUGGGUAAAGGAGCAGCAGUCACUCCUAUUGGCCGGGAUUCGGGGAUGUGUGGAGACUGUUGUGGUUUGGACAAGGUUCACUUGUUCUCCGUGUUCGGACAGGAUUACAGAGUGGUCUUGUUUUUGUCUUGUCCCAUCCUGGUCACAGAGUGGCCUUGUCUGAUGUUGGUGUUCUGAGGAAUUAUUUAUGUUCAUCGGAAGAUGGCCCGGGCCAGUUCCCAUAUGGCAGGGGCUGCUUUUCUGUGUCAGACUUCACUUUCAGCCAAGAGCAGACAAGGAUAUGUUGCUGAAUUAUCUGGUGUGACAAAAGCUGCACAGGAUACACUGGUCAAUUGUAACACAAACAAUUCCCACAAACAAAAUGAUUAUUCAUCCUGUAACAGGAUUUAUCCUGGCCUCCAAGCCAGGGGCCUAGCUUAUAAAACCCAGACAAUGAGAACACAUUCCAGAAUCCAAAUAGGUACUUACAGCCCAGUUGGAGACGUUUAAAGAGGCCUCAAGACCUUGGUUCCUGUUCAUGACCUACCUUUAAUAAUCUUGCCAGGAUUCUGUCAUUGGUAGGUAAUACACUACAUUGUGAGCAUCUUUACAAUAACUCCUAAAAUUACCUCAACAAGACGGCUCCAUUUCAAGGCCCAUUUAUCUCUGAUGUUGUGCUAACGUCGCGAAGCAUUGUUGUUAAACUCCAUGUUUGUUACAGCUAUCCGAUGAGCUAGUGGCAAAGCAACUCAAGGAAUUUCAUUUCUAUUUCACACCUUGCACAAGCAAGGUGAGGCACUUACACUGGCUACUGCUGCCUGCACCACAGGACACAAGCUGCUGAGCAGGACUGGCUACAUAAUUUGCAGGCUCAGUGCAAAAGGAAAACACGGGGCCCCUUGUUCAAAAUUACUAAGAAUUUCAAGAAAGUGAGAGCAGAGAAACCAAGUGCAGGGCCCUUCUGAGCGUGAGGCCCUGUGCCAACGCAUAGGUUACAUGCCCUAGAGGCCCAUCCUGCCACUGACUGGCAAGCGGCCCACUUGAGACCUUUGGAGUCCUACUGUUCCUGCAGUGUGACAAGGGACAACUGUAUCCCCCUGACCUGACUCCAGAGGAGUGGCAAGAACUGGAGAAUAUCCCAGGAUGAAAGCAGGAGCUGCAGACUAAGCUGUAGAGACUGAAGGCAAUUCCUGUGGAGCUUCCGGACGCCCAGAGACUCACAGAAGACUGAUGGGAUGAUGGAGUCAUUUGCCUAGUAAUACUGUCAGUGGAAUAAAGGAGGGCUUCAGUGCGCAGAAAUUGAUGUUCUCUCCUUUGCCACAUCGUGUUGAACACCAGCCAUAAGCCCCAACUCAAAGACAAGCCCACAACGGAAAGGUUCACUGCCUCCAACAGAGGCAUCCGAAAUGGUGGAGCAACUCUGAAAUCUGUAAUUAAAUCAACAUUAACAGCCUUAUCCUCCGA